AGUGAAAGUUGAUUAUCGCUCAUGGACUGCUAUUAACUGUGUGGCUGUAAGACAAGACAAAGUAUAAUAUUAUGUCUGUUCGUAUAGUAGGGGGCUAGUAUUUUGUGCUAUAGCAUGUACGGCCAGUAGGGCAAGACAAAGUAUAGGCCGAAUCUCGUUAUGAGCUGAACGAUAUAGCUACUAUAAUAAGGUGGAGUACAUUUGUGUAGGUUACGCUCGAUAUUAAGAUUUAGCUCUUUACCAAGAGCGGGCUGAGGCAAUACCUAUUGGAGAGUUUGGGUGUAUGAGUGUGUAUGUGUGUGGCUGGUGCAAGUUGUUAGGUGUGAUAACAUCCAGCAGCAGCAGAUAUCCAUUGGUAGUAGUAGCGCACGGAUCUCUCUCACAAUGGCUGUCACUAGUUGCACACAUUAUCUCAUCUUUAUUUUGGCAAUUUUCUCGCUGGUCGCCGUCUCCACUGAUUCGGCGCGUGUGAAACGGCAAGGUUUCCUGUACCAUCAACAACCAGUGCUGGCGCCAGCGCCCAUCCAUGGCCUAGGUGCACACCCUGGCCUUGCCCUGGUGCCCGCCAAGAAGCCCAAGCCUUCCGAACACAAGCAGGACCUGAGCAAGGUGCCCGGCACCCCUGGCGUCGACUUCCCCCUCUUCCACGACGUCCCCCCCACCAACUUCCAUUGCGGCCAGGUGCCCGCGCAUCCCGGCAUCUACGCCAAUGUCGAAACUGGCUGUCAGGCCUACCACAUCUGCCACGAUGGACGCGAGGGCCACCAGGGUGCCUCGUUCCUCUGCCCGAACGGCACCCUCUUCAACCAGCAGGAGUUCGCCUGUGACUGGUGGUACAACGUCAACUGCGCCGAGGCACCCAAACUCUACAGGUACUACUCACUCCACUCACUUUUAUUUUUAGACCUACUGAAAUAAUUCAAAUACAAUAGAAAUUAUCAAACACCUUUUCAACCUAUCACAACAUCAACUAGUUUCAACUCUUCGAGAGCUAAU